AAGAAGAAGAAGAAGAAGAAGAAGAAGAAGAAGUCGUCAACGGAUAUGCUGACCGGAAGUAGUGUGAACAGGCGGGAAGUUGAAAGUUUAGAGUUUAGAAUAGAGUAUUUCAUAUAAAAAAAUUGUCCUUACAUUAAAGUAAAACGCGUCUUCCACAUGAGAUGGCGGACAAGAAUCUUGUGCAGGAGUUGAAGCGAUGGGCGACAGAGGAGUUCAAUCUGCCCCCGGACAGCCUGCCAAAUGACAGCUAUUUUAAAACGCUCUGUGUUGGGACAGGGAAGUCAAUAUGGAGAUAUGUAAUCCAACACGUUUUUCAACAGAGGAACGUGAGGAUCAUGCGUGGCAAUCUCCAGUGGUACAAAGUUCUUCAAGACAAAGAGUUGAAGCAGUCUGAGGGCCAGAGUGAGGCUGCUAAGCAGAGAGAGCUUCAGAGGAAGAUUGAGCAGCUGAGAGCUGAGAUCAGUCACCUGGACUCGCAGAUCAGUGGAACAGAGGAACAGUUGGCUACACAAGAGCAGUCCAUCAGCCAUACCUGGGCCCAGGUGGAGGACAGCCGGCGCAGAGAGCUGCUCCUACAGUCCUUUAGGCAGCGCUGCAUCUUGGGCCGCACGGUGCUCUCUGAUGACACACAAAAGAUCAGUGAGCACUGCCAGGCGCUGGAACAAAUGACCAGGAAAGCAGAGAUUGAAGUGCUGUUUGAUAAUAGGCCUUCUACCAGCAGCGAUGGUGACAACUUCAACUCCAAAGCCGCAACAGAGGCACAGGUCCUGCGUGAAGUGAGAGAGCUGUGUGACGACAGGGUCCACUUCUAUCAGUCUUUACAAGAGAGCGAACUGAAAACAGCGCACUCUACAGCCAAACAUAUGACUCGCGAACAAACGACUGCUGUGUUUCAGUACUGGCUGAGUGCUGUGGAGAACCUGUUGAGUGGUUAUCCUCCAAACCACGUCCUCUCAGCAUUGGAGUAUUUAGCCUCCAGAGAGCAGAAGGAACUAGAGGAGAAACUCACUUCUCUGGAUGUGACACGGGAUGUGACAGCUUUACGGUUCCGCUAUGAAAGCAAUCACCUACUGGACAUGUCAGCAGAAGAGGAUAAUGAGUUGCCAACGGUUAAGACCCUCUUAGAGGCUGCUUGGGAAGAGGUGGAGCAGAGUUUGGUAGAACUGGCCCAGACGCGCUCCAGAGUCCAGCAGCUCCGAAACCAGUUGCACGCCCGCAAGAAGGAGGCUGAGCUGGAGGUGUCUGUUAUUGCAGAUGAGCUCCACAAUGACACCAUGGCACUGUCUGCUCUAGAGGUGGAACUCCAGUGUGUGAUGCAGACGGCAGCCAGGGAUCAUAUCAGAGACCGGUGUAUCCAACUUGACCAGCAUGCCAGAAGCCGACAGGAGGCACUCAGGAACCUCCGCAGCCAGUGGCAGAGCAUCCUUGACUUCCGACAACUAGUGGUUCUCAGACAGGAGCAGAUCAGAGGUCUAAUUAAAGGGAACUCCAUGGCCAAGAAAGAGCUGAUCCGUCUGCACACAGAGUUACAGGAAUUUGUCCAGGGCGAGCUGGUGCCGCAGUUUAAAGAUGUCACCACUGCAGCCAACAGUCUAAGGAACUCCAUUUCCAGGGAGGCCAGACAGCUGGGAAUGGUUUCGCUUCUUGCUCUGGACUGUAGGACUGUUGAAGGAAUGCAAAGAAUCCCUGCAUCGUUGUUGUCCAUCCAUCGCUUGCAGUCUCCGACCUUCAGCAGCUUGUGUCAGAGCCUGGCAUUUCCACUGUACAGGGCUCCAGAGGAGUUGUGUUCCCAGACGCGCUCACAGCAACUUGAGUUGCGUUUUCUCAGUCAGUUACUGCAACUUCACUCUGCUACUCUGCAGAAAAUUCAGAAGGAAGCAGAGUCGCUGCAGGCAUCUGAUCAAAAAGCGCUGCUGUCCAGAGUCGUGGAGGACGAUCAGAAGCUUCUGAAGGCUCUGGUACCAAGAGUCAGAGGCCUCACCCAACGUUGUGCCCAAGGCCUUUCUUAUGGGGUCCAAGUCAAAACUGCCAUCUCUUACUGGUGGGAGAAGCCAGCCCAGCAUGUCCUACCUGAGGUCAGUCGAGGAGGACUGACUUUUCAACAGUGGCUACAAAGGUGGAAACUUGCUGCCAAAGCCUCUUAGAUGACUCCUCAUAGUUUAAAAAAUAUAAAGGAGAUCGUACAGCACCUUUAAGUGGCUAAAUAACCAUGCUACAGUAGUUAGAAAAUGCACUAAUGAUUAUAGCAAAAUCACAAUGUUCUUUUUUCUACAUUUUUCACUCAUUCCUCUUGAUGUUUUCCCACGUGAAAGCCAGUCACUAAUAAAUCAAUUUUAAUCCCA